GAUUUUAGCUACAAAACUUGUCGCCAUCUUUCCAGUGCGUGGUCGGCCUUCCUUCGUCACAGCAGUGAGGUCGGCUGCUAAAUUUACCAAAAUCCUCCAAAAUGGGUUUCAUCAAGGUGGUAAAGAACAAGGCUUAUUUUAAGCGCUUCCAAGUCAAGUUUAAAAGGCGACGCGAAGGCAAGACUGAUUACUAUGCCAGAAAACGCCUUGUUGUUCAAGCCAAGAAUAAGUACAACACUCCAAAAUAUAGGAUGAUUGUGCGCAUUACCAACACUGAUGUCAUAGCACAAAUUGCCUUUGCCCGUAUUGAGGGAGAUGUAGUGAUUGCCAGUGCUUAUUCUCAUGAGCUCCCCCAUUUUGGGGUCAAGGUUGGCCUCACCAACUAUGCUGCCUGCUAUUGCACCGGCUUGCUUUUGUCUAGAAGAGUUCUGAAGAAGUUGAAGUUAGAUGCCUUGUAUGAAGGACAGACUGAAGUUAAUGGAGAGAUGUAUAAUGUAGAAGACGUCGAAGAGGGCCCUGGUGCAUUCCGUGCUAAUCUUGAUAUUGGUUUGGCACGCACUACAACUGGUGCCAAAAUCUUUGGUGUCAUGAAGGGGGCUGUUGAUGGUGGGAUUGAGAUUCCCCACAGUGAGAAGAGGUUCCCAGGUUAUGACCGGGAAGCAAAGGAAUUCAACGCUGCAGUCUUGAGAGAUCACAUAUUUGGUAAGCAUGUUGCUGAUUACAUGCGAGAGCUGAUGGAUGACGAUGAGGACGCUUACAAGCGUCAGUUCUCUCGUUACAUUAAAGAAGGCAUCACAGCAGAUGAGUUGGAGGAAAUUUACAAGAAGGCACAUGCUACUAUUCGUGCUGACCCAUCAUCAGGACCCAAGCCUGAUAAGAAGAUUGUCAAGAAGAGGUGGAAUGCCAAGAAGUUGACUUAUGAUGAACGUAGGGCUGCUGUACAACAAAGGAAAGAUGCAUGGUUGGCCAAAAUUGAAAGGGGUGAAGCUACUCUGGAAGAGCUUCAGAAACCCAUGAAAAAGAACAACUAGGCAACUUUAAUAAAGUUUUCCAGAGUAA